UGGUUAAGUUAGAUACCUAAGUGGUUAAGUUCGUGAAGAAAGCAGCCGGUGAUUUUUUUUCUUCCCAUCGAUUGACUUUUACCUUCGGUCUCUCAUUCCAUAGUUUAAAACCAUAUGUGAGAGAAUUUUCAGAGAUUCCCAAGUAUAAGUUUGCAUUUUUCAGAUGGUGAAGGAGUCAAGCAAUAACAGCAUAAAAAUGUCCAUCUCCACUAAUCAAGCACUGAAUAAAAUGAAUUCACUUCUCGCCGAACUUCAAGUGCAGAAGAAUCUCGUGCGGAACUUGAGAAAAAAUGAUGAAAAUCUCUCAACAGAAAACCUAGCAUUAAGGCAGGAGCUGGAAGUUUUGAGACAUCAGCUGUCAGUUACUGAGAAACAAAUGGAUAUUUUGAAGGAUACUGCAGCAAAGUUGCAGAAUUUAAAUGUCAGUACAACCCUCGAUCAAAAAGUGGCUUACGAGGCUAAAGAUCGAGAAACAAUCGCCUUACGAGAACUGAACUUACAGAUCCAGAGAGAAAACAUGAAGUUAAAUCGCCAACUUGAGGAAUUGAAGGGAAGUAAUAUUGCAAUUCUGGAAGGAACAUCACAACUAAAAAGAAAAAAAGAAAAAAAAGACCAUGACACAUCUGUCUUAAAACGUGAAUUUGAAAAUCUGAGAAAAAGUCAUGCUGAAGUGAUGAAAAAAUGUGAUGCAAACAAAGGACUUGACCAAAAGACAAAGAUUAUUGCAGAAUGUCUUAGGAAAAAAUGCGACGCCCUUCAUCUCGAAAAUGAAAAGCUUCAAAAAGAAAAUGUAUUACUCUCAAGUGAAGUUCAAUUGCAGAGGAGAAAGUUAGAGCAAACUCUUGAUGCCAAAGGGACGAAAAGAAAUUAUACAAUGGUAGAGGAACAGGAUAACUCCAGAUGUCAAGAGGAGCUAAAGCGCCAAAGUGAGAUCAAUAGCAAAUUGCAAUUAACCGUAGCUGAAGCCAUUAAUAAGAACAAGAAAUUAAAACUGCAAAAGCAAGAUCUGGAAGCAGAACUACUCAAAUACAAGGACAAGAAUUGAAUCGUCAUGAGCUGUCUUCCAAGAUGAAACCAAUUCCUCAUGAAACUAUUGCUUCAUGUCAUGUUUUUUCAGUCUUAAAAAAAUCUCCCUAUUACUUCUAUAAUUUAACCAAAGAAUCAAAGAUUUUAAUCAAUUUUUUCCCCUUGAAUUUUGAAAAAUCUGAAACUAAAAACAAAAACAAUAAAGAAGUGGAAACAUGAUUGCCGAUCACAUUAAAAGUUUACAUAAAUUUUUGCCAAUUUGGAUCAAAUAAAUCCACCUUAAAAAUGUGUAAUAAGUGCAUUGGAAAUAAUUCCUCAGAAAUACGAUAACUAACUUUAUUUAAUCUUACUAACAUUUUGAGGAGAAGGGAGGGCACAAAAACUCCAGUUAUUGAUUCUCUUGAUAAAGUAAAGGGGAGAUACCAGCAUUCCAAGUUGGGAUCCCUCUCAUAGUUGUGAAA